AUGAAUUACAUCCAGACAUAUGCGCUCUUAGACAGUGGAUCUAAUGGGACCUUCUGUGCAAGAGAUUUAGUAGAUACGUUGGCCCUGUCAGGGAUUAAAAAAAAGGUGGAAGUCACUACUUUGGAGAAAAGGGCCAAUGUGAUGGAUACAGCUAUAUUUAGCCUUGAGGUAGCAGACCUUGGGGAAAGGGAGAUUGUAGGUUUACCUAGCGUGAUAGCACGACCAGACCUCCACAUCAGCCCGACAGCCAUGACCCAUGAAGAGAUUGACAAGCAUCCUCAUCUCAAGGAUAUAGAGUUUCCAGUGGUAGAGCCAGGGAAGGUGCAGUUGUUGAUUGGACAGGAUGUACCAGAGGCAUUAAUUCCACUUGAGGUGAAGAGAGGUGAAGGAGGAGCACCGUAUGCUGUAAGAACAGCAUUGGGAUGGACGCUAAAUGGACCAACAACAGCAAAUCAGAGCAGUCACGCCACUGCACACUUCAUCAACAGUGUUGACUUAGGCCUACAAAAACAAGUAGAGCAGUUUUGGAAACUAGAAAACAUUGGAGGAGAUGAUCAAGGGAUGUCUGUAAAUGACCAGAAGGUGAUAUCUCUUUGGGAUAAGGAAAUGAAACAUGAAAAUGGCCAGUAUGUUUUACCAAUUCCAUUCAAGUGUGAGCCACCAAGCUUACCUAAUAACCUCAUCAUGGCCACCAGAAGAUUGGAAUUACUGGGAAGAAGGCUCCAGAAAGAUACCGUCCUGCAUCAGAAAUACACGACUGAAAUAACACAACUUGUCAACAAAGGCUAUGCCGAAGUCGUCCCACCAGAUGAGAUUGGCAGGAAGGAUGGCUGCGUGUGGUAUCUGCCUCACCACCCUGUUAUCAACCCAAAGAAGCAAGACAAAACAAGGAUAGUCUUUGAUUGUGCUGCGAAGUUUCGAGAAACGUCACUAAAUGACAACAUCUACCAAGGGCCUGACCUGACCAACAAACUGGUUGGUGUCCUGAUAAGGUUCAGGCAGGAUCAAGUAGCCUUCAUCGCAGACAUGGAGGCAAUGUUUCACAUGGCUGAAGUAACAAAAGACUGUCGCGACACACUACGUUUUUUAUUUUGGGAAAACGGUGAUCUAUCAAAGCCUCCUACCACAUACAGAAUGACGAGACACCUGUUUGGUGGUGUAAGGAGUUCAAGCUGUGCUAAUUACGCAUUAAAGAGGACGGCUAAGGACAAUGAAGCUGAUUUCAGCCAGAUAGCGAAGGAUACUGUUGACAACUGUCAUUACGUGGAUGAUUGCUUGAAGUCAAUUCCAAAAGUAGGUCAGGGCAUCCAAUCAGCACAUGAUUUAUGCAAACUGCUGGCACUUGGUGGAUUUCAUCUAACAAAGUGGAUUAGCAAUAGUAGAGAGCUACUAAAAGCGAUGCCUGACACUGAAUUGACCAAGGAAGUCAGAAACAUGGACUUGGAUAGGGAUGGACUGCCAACUGAGAGGGCGCUAGGUUUGUUACGGGAUGUUGGAGAAGACACGUUCAGGCCCAGCAUCAAUAGACAAGAACGUCCGCCAACCAAAAGGGGAGUACUGAGUAUUCUAAGUUUGGUCUACGACCCCCUGGGAUUAGUAAGUCCGUACAUCCUACUGGCCAAACUGAUGUUUCAGGACCUGUGUCGAAACAAAGUAGGUUGGGAUGAAAACAGGCCUGAUAGCAACUUGGAUCAAUGGAAGAAAUGGUGUGAAGAUCUACCCAAGUUAGAAAACUUCAGGAUUCCUCACUGUUUGAAGUCAUCAAUGCUAGGACCUGUAGCACACAGCACUCUACAUCACUUCGCAGAUGCUUCUGAGAGAGGCCUUGAGGCAGCUAGCUAUUUAAGGACAGAAGAUCCAGAGGGAAAGGUUCACUGCGUUCUUGUCAUGUCAAAGGCGAAAUUGGCACCAAUAAAAACGACAACAAUUCCCAGAUUAGAGUUAGCUGCUGCGGUCGAAUCAUGGCGCCAUGUAGACACAGCAAACAACCCAGCUGAUGAUGUUUCCCGGGGACUGACAGCUGACGAGUUGAUUGACAGCACCAGGAGGACUAAUGGGCCAAGCUUCCUUUGGAAACCGGAGUGUGACUGGCCUCAGACCCCAAGUGUGAUGUUACCUGAGGAUGACAGCAUCCACUUAGAAGAGAAACCACAGCUACAGGUUUUUGUAGCAGAAAACCCAGAGAAGACCGCUGCUAGCGAAGAUAUCUUGAUGAAGCUUAUUGAGCGACAUUCCAACUGGUACAAACUGAAGAAAUCGGUUGCUUGGAUAUUGCGAGCACGAAAGGUGUUACGUAACAAGGCCCUGAUUCAUCAUCACGACAGCAUAGGAGUGGAACCAAUAAAAGAUGGCGAAUUGUCUGUGGAUGAGCUAAAGAGAGCAGAAGUUGAGCUGGUGAAGUUUGCUCAGCGGGAUAUCAACCAGGAUACCAGGAGCCAGUCGCGUGCCAUCAACAAGCUUUCCCCACAGUCAGAUAUAAAUGGAGUAUUGCGUGUAGGCGGUCGCCUCAACAACGCUGUGUUGCCUCAUGAUGCAAAACACCCAAUGAUACUUCCAAAGAAACAUCACAUUGUCGAUCUAAUUGUUCACCAUUACCACAACCUGACAGGAAACUCUGGGACAGAGCAUGCACUCACAGAGAUAAGACAAAGAUUUUGGAUUGUCAAAGGACGGGUCGCCGUCAGAAGGGCUGAGAUUCAAGUUUGA